AUGACUGUCCCUCAGGUCAACGGCGAUGUUUCGCCCCGUCCCAACUCUGCUUUCCUCCAGCACCUCCUCAACUAUCCCCUGAUUAGCGACGGCAUCCACACCGUCAAGUCCAACGAGUACGCUCAGCGCUCCAUCAAGCUCGGUGACUCCGCCUAUCAGACCUUCGCUGCUCCCGUCCUUCCUUGGUUCGCAAAGCCCUACGAGUAUGUUUCGCCCUAUGUCGCUCGUGCCGAUUCCCUGGGCGACAAGACUCUCGACCGCAUCGACGAGCGCUUCCCCAUCGUCAAGAAGCCCACCAGCGACCUGUACAACGACACUCGCAGCCUAAUCCUGUUGCCUUACAACAAGGGCAUCGAGGGUCGCGACCAUGUCUUCGAGGUCUACGCCAGCGAAGCCAAGAAGAUUGAGCAGAAGGGCCUGGUCGGCCAGGGCAAGGCUGUCGUCUCUACUGCCUUCGUUGUUAGCAAUGAGACUCUGGGCUGGCUGAGCAGCCUUCUGGCCGCCAAGAAGGCUGAGGCUACCACCGCUGUCAAGGAGAAGGUCAACCAGUAA